GACACUACACUAUAUACAAGGGCAGUUCGCUCGGCAAGUGUCAUGGGCGUAAAUUUUCAGUCGUGAAGAAAAAAGCUCAAAUUCGCAGGAAAAAGAUUGUAAACCAUCAUAUUUUGAAAGUUGAAGAGAACAAUUGUUGCGUGGCAUCUUGGAACUGUUGAAAUGCAUCAAGGAAAGCAAAUGGAAAUUCCGUAAAAUCUUGAAAGUGGAAGUGAUUCAUAAAGGGUACAUAGAGAGAACUCAAUUCUAACUAAAUACUAACUCAGUUUAAUUGAAAAUCAAACUUAUUUUCGUAAUAAUGGAUUUGAGAAACAAAGUGGCACUUGUCACGGGAGCAGCAACAGGCCUAGGUCGAGCGUUUUGUGAAGAACUUUUGAAACAUGGCGCAAAGGUUUCUAUUUGUGAUCUUGAUUCGGAUGCCGGUGAACUAACAGCCAAAGAGUUAGAACAUGAGUUUGGAGUAAAUCGAGUCCUCUUUUGCCAUUGUGACGUGACGGAUUAUAUUCAAUUCGAAGAGGCAUUCCAGUACACCAAGUCAGUCUUUCACGACAUUGACAUUGUUAUCAACAAUGCAGAAAUAAUGAAUGAUAAAUUCUGGGAGCUAGAAGUAGACGUGAACUUGAACGGUGCCAUCCGUGGAACACUACUCGCACAGCAGUUUCUUAGCAAAGACAAGGGAGGUAAAGGAGGUGUGCUGGUCAACAUUGGAUCGGCUGUGAGUGUAAAACCUCAGCUUUCUACUCCCAUCUACACUGCUACUAAGCACGCCAUUCUCGGAUUGACCAAGUCCUGUGGGGAUCCUUACCAUUACAACAUAACAAACAUACGAACGUUGGCAUAUUGUCCAGGGCCCAUCGAGAAUUCGUUCUCUCAUAACAAACGGUUCAGCUCACCUGCUCAUGAGAAGGCGUGGAAAUUAGAUAUGUCUGGUGUGCAAUUUCAAAAGUUGGAGCACGUAGCUCGAGAAUUGAUUCCACUAAUCAAAAAUGCCCCUACCGGAUCGAUAUGGUUGGUCAACAAUGGUAAAUCACCAAAAGAAAUACCAUACAGCAGUAUUUAAACUUUACCAACUUCAAAACAAGCUCGUAAUUACCAUCCAAAUAAGCAAAGUAUUCUAUAAAAAUAAUAAUCCAAUAAUUUAAUAACACAUCAAAAUUUUCAUUAGCUAUGGAAUCAACAUCCUCUCAUAACAGUAACUCGUAAAUCAUGCUAAACGUAAAACUAAUUACCAUUGAAAGUAACUAAAAAGACCAUUAACGUCUUCUAAACUGCGUAUACAGACAACUCGCUUCGUAUUACCACCACAUUGAUACAUUUUUCAAACUAAUCAUUAUAUGUAGUUAAAAGGUAAGAAGGGUUACUGACCAGAAAUCAAUUUUGUAUGACACAAUUGGUUUGUAAAAUCAAAUAUAAAUACCGCAAGUAUCCAUAAUGGAAAAAAUACAAAGAUUAAACAUAUAUUUAUAAUAAACGGAAAAGAACAAAAAACUACAGCAGUAUGUAUAAGUAAAUACAUGAAUGACUCAUCAUUAUCGCUUUUGGUAAGAAUCACAUUGCUGCAAUAAACUGUGACAUAAACAAGAACUACAA